CUCUAGCCUGAGAACUGACUAACUCAAGACAAUCAAGAUGACAAACGAACCUAUUAAAGAGAUCCUGGGCGCUUCAAAGCAUCCUGAUUCUGUAACCACGGAGAAGAGUAAUAACAAUGACUGUGUGAUAACCACCAUCCCUCUUGUCAGUGAAUGCCAGCUGACUGCAGCAACUGGGGGAGCAGAGCUCUCCUGCUACCGCUGUACCAUUCCCUUUGGUGUGGUUAUCCUCAUCGCUGGCAUCGUGGUUACUGCUGUGGCAUACAGCUUCAAUUCCCAUGGAUCAAUCAUCUCGGUGUUUGGAUUAGUCCUCUUGUCAUCAGGACUCCUUUUGCUGGCUUCUAGCGCAGUGUGCUGGAAGAUCAGGCAGGAAAAGAAGAAAGCAAAGAGGCGGGAGAGCCAAACAGCGCUCGUGGCAAAUCAUCGAACCUUGUUUGGGUAAAGACAACCCAGACAAGGCUGGACAGAAGACAGACCCUUUGUAAGUCAACUUGACUAUUUAUGAAUAGGAGAGAUUGCAGGUUUUAAUUUAACUUUGGAAAUGAACUGAAAUGAAAAAGGAAUGGAUUAAGAAAGACUCUUAAAAACUCUGCAAGUGCUCUUAAUAUUUUUCUUACUGCAGACUUGGUAGUGAUUCUUUCCAAGACGGAGGAAAAAACACUUUUCCUUAACAGAAAACAGUGUCGUCAUAACUGCAAUCACCACAACUGCGUUCUCCAACAUGCUGAUCAUGUUGGAAAGGGAAUCUGUGAGGACUAAGAAAAUAAUUUUAACUGACUUGAAGUGCCAGAGAUCUCCUUAACAUACACACUGUGACAUUUGACCAAGGGAGAAGUCAUAGCAUUUGAAGUGACUACAAGCUUAUGGCCAGCUUGUCUGUGAUUUAAAUUG